UACCGACACGUACCUUACAAUGGAGGGAGUCUUUCCCGGGUUAAUACAUCACUUAUUAACAUCAGUCAUUGUCGCCUUCGUUGUUGGAGUUGCGUACAUAUUGCAGAAUAAAAUUGAAGAUCUUGAAACAGAGUUAGCAGUCGUCAAUAAAAAGGACAGGGCACUAGAAACAAAAUGUGAAAACCUUCAAACGAAAGUAGAGUUCAUGGAAAUAUCGUUCAAGGAUUCACUCGACAAGAUACUUUAUGUUGUGGAUACGAAGCAAAAAGCAAAACAAGAAAACCAGCCGAAAAUAGCCUUUUAUGCAAAUAGAGUUACGGAUCAUAUUAAUCUUGGCGUCCACCGAAGUUUGAUUUUCGGGAACGUCGUUACUAACGAUGGAAAUUGUUAUCAAUUCUCCACCGGACUCUUCAUCCCGAGCGUCUCUGGAGUUUAUGUGUUUGAUGUUCGAAUUCUCCUUUGUUCUCCCGGUCAUGAGUUGCGCACGCACCUCGUUGUUGAAGGUGAGGAGAUGGCUGCGUAUUAUACGGGAGGAUCAUCUCACUGUUCUAAUGGCGGGGGAAUGACGGUCCUACACGUGGGUGCAGGAGAAAGCGUCUGGGUUAGAGUUGCCACAUCAGAUGGUGAAAAUAACAUAGCAUGGGAGAGCAGCUUUUCAGGAUUUUUAUUGUAUACAUAGUUUUACAAAGUGCAAUAAUAAGUCAUUGCAAAAGGGGAAUCGAUUUGCUUUUACAAAUUUUCUUUUCUUCUAAAUGCAACUUAGUUGGAAAACGUAAAGAUAGCAUACACCAUUAUUUUUUUAAUAAUAUUGAACAUUUCUGUAUUUUCCGUUGGUGUUUAUUUAUUAGUAAAUAC